UUCAUGAAAGUAUCUUUUUCAAUUAAAUACAAAUGGUGGCUCACUUCUAGACAUAUAAAGAAUAGAAGAAUAUAAGAUGAGGUGAUUUUCUAGGAGGAGGAAGGUGAGCAACUAAGCUAUGUUCUGAGAAGACUACUUUGGAGGUUGGUGUUACUUUUGGAAGGGUUGACAUGGAGGAACGAUAUGAGUCAUUGAAGGACCUUGGUUCUGGGAAUUUUGGAGUGGCCAAGUUGGCUAAAGAUAAGAAAACUGGAGAGCUUGUUGCGGUUAAAUACAUAGAGAGAGGGAAAAAGAUCGAUGAAAAUGUUCAGAGGGAGAUAAUUAAUCACCGAUCUUUAAGGCAUCCAAAUAUAAUCAGGUUUAAAGAGGUCUUGCUGACCCCUACUCAUUUAGCUAUCGUCUUGGAGUUUGCUUCAGGCGGUGAACUCUUUGAAAGGAUAUGUAAUGCUGGUCGAUUUAGUGAAGAUGAGGCAAGAUUUUUCUUCCAGCAGCUAAUAUCUGGGGUUAGCUAUUGUCAUUCAAUGGAAAUUUGUCAUCGAGAUCUGAAAUUGGAAAACACCCUCUUAGAUGGAAAUCCAUCUCCUCGGCUUAAAAUUUGUGACUUCGGUUAUUCCAAGUCUGCUUUACUGCACUCUCAACCUAAAUCAACAGUUGGAACUCCUGCAUACAUUGCUCCAGAGGUUCUAUCGCGGAAGGAGUAUGAUGGAAAGAUUGCAGAUGUUUGGUCUUGUGGUGUGACUCUUUAUGUCAUGUUAGUUGGUGCAUACCCAUUUGAAGAUCCAGAAGAUCCUAGAAAUUUCAGAAAGACUAUUGGGAGAAUAAUUGGUGUUCAGUACUCCAUACCCGACUAUGUUCGUGUUUCUUCAGAGUGUAGGAACCUUCUCUCUCGUAUUUUUGUUGCUGAUCCUGCCAAGAGGAUCACCAUCCCAGAGAUAAAACAGAAUCCUUGGUUCUUGAAGAAUUUGCCCAAAGAGAUCAUUGAAGCUGAGAGAAAAGGUUAUGAGGAAUCAAAGCAAGACCAACCAAGCCAGAGGGUGGAAGAAAUCAUGAGGAUUAUACAAGAGGCAAGGGUACCAGGACAACCAUCCAAACCUGGUGAUGGUGGGCAAGCUGGCAUUGGGUCAUUAGAGGUUGAGGAUGAUGAGGAAAUUGAUCUUAGUGGUGACUUUGAACAUGUGUGAUCGAGGCAAUUAAUUGGUUGAUGGCUAGAUUGUUCAUAAGACGUGCAUAGUCUGCAUUAUUAACAUUUAUCACCAUGUGGUGUGCAGUGAUGGUGUUCAAAAGAUACGUAUUAUACCAGCUUUGAAAUAGGUCUUUGUGGUUAUUAAGUGAAUAAUACUUAAAAAAAAAAAAAAGGCUUGAAAUGGUUUUUAUUUUCAGUAAAU